GCUGCUGCUGCUGCUAGUUCUCCUCAGUCGCCGCCGCCGCCGCCAUCAUCACCACCAUGUCUCACCAGAGCAGCCUUCUCAGCUUCUUCCCCAAGUCGGGGAGUAGGCGAGGCCGGGAGAGUGACAGCGACGACGAGGAGAGUGCUGGCAGUUCUGGCAGGCCUCCCCGGAACAAACGCGGCACCGCUAACCUCCCUCCGGCGGAUUGUGACUUCUGUGAAUAUUCACCUGGUGAUUUAGUUUGGGCCAAACUUGAAGGAUACCCAUGGUGGCCAUCUCUUGUGUACAAGCAUCCAGCAGACGGAACACUUUUUCGGGGGAGAGGAAGAGCAUCUCGCAUCCAUGUGCAAUUUUUUGAUGAUGACCCAUCAAGGGGCUGGGUUAGCCUUAGAUACCUAAGACCAUAUGCAGGUUCUAGUGGCAGAGAUACCCAGAGGGGAGGUAUGUUUUACAGUUCAAAACGUGAGAUUAAGAGAGCAAUGGAACUGGCAGAUGCUGCUAUGGAAAAAGAUAAAAGUGAGCGACUUGAACUGGCAGUGUGUGACAAACCUUCCGAAAGUGAGGAGGAUGAAGAUGAGAUGGAGGUGAGCGAUGAUGGUGAUGAAUUUUCUGCAGCAAAGGGUGCAAAACAUAGAAAUAAAAGAACAGUUGCACGACCACGGCAUCAUGUCAAAGCCAAGAAGAGAAAGCUUAAUGAUCCAGAUAGCGAUAACGAGGGUUCAGACAUGGAGUUCAAGCCUGAUGAAGCGAGCAGUGAAGAAAAUAGUCCCGGAAGAGGUGAAAGUGAAACUUCUGACACGGAGUUCAAUCCGGAAAAGAAAAAGAAACAUCAUUUUAAAGUCUCUCCUAAACCAUUCAUUAAGCCAACACAGGAAAAGGAAUACAGGCUUCCCCAGAAGGAAAUUCCUAAAAAUGACACUCUUGAUACUUCCACCAGAGAGGUUAAUCUUUCUUGUGAGAUUAUGUAUAAAUUAGCAAGUUUUGCAGCUCCUGACUGUUACGAUUAUCGUCCAAAUAUUAAUGGAGGAGGAGAAGAUGGUAGUCCAUCUGUGUGGGAACAUGAUAAAAUUGAGUGGCUCAAAGAUGGUAAAAGGAAAGAUGCUAAUAGGAGGCGUCAGAAUGAUCCAGAUUAUGACCCAAGUACUAUUUUUGUGCCAGAGGACUACCUUAAGAACUGUACCCCAGGAAUGCGGAAAUGGUGGGAGUUGAAGAGUCAGUACUUUGACUGUGUUCUCUUUUAUAAAGUUGGAAAGUUCUAUGAGUUGUAUCACAUGGAUGCUGUGAUUGGGGUUAGCAAGCUUGGACUGUCGUUCAUGAAAGGCACUUGGGCUCACUCGGGCUUCCCAGAAAUAGCCUAUGACAGGUUCUCCAAUAUCCUAGUUCAGAAAGGUUACAAAGUUGUCCGCAUUGAGCAGAUGGAGACUCCAGAGAUGAUGGAAGCCCGCUGUAAAUCCAUGGCUCACCCGACAAAAUACGAUAGAGUUGUGCACCGAGAAGUAUGCAGGAUCAUUUCUAAAGGGACACAGACCUACAGUAUUCUGGAUGGUGACUUUUCAGAGACCCACAGCAAAUACCUCCUUUGUAUAAAAGAAAAAUGUGACGAUUCUGCUGGCCUCCAUUGUACCUAUGGAGUAUGUUUUGUUGAUACAACAGUUGGAAAGUUCUACUUGGGUCAGUUCCAGGAUGACCGCCAUUGCUCACGGUUGAGAACUCUUUUGGCUCAUUAUCCUCCUGUGCAGAUCCUCUUUGAACGGGGGAAUCCCUCAGGAGAAACACAGAAGGUAUUGAAAAGUUUGCUUCCUUCUUCUGUUCAAGAAGGCUUGAUUGCAGGCUCUCAGUUCUGGAAGGCAUCUAAAACAUUAAAAACUCUCAUUGAGGAAGACUACUUCCAGGACAAGGAAAAUCCAAAUAGUGGGGUAGUUCUGCCUCCAGUAAUCAAAUCCAUGACAGCAGAAAGUGACUCAUUAGGACUUACUCCUGGGGAAAACAGUGAGCUUGCUUUGUCUGCACUUGGUUGUUGCAUUUACUACCUGAAAAAAUGUAUUAUUGACAAGGAUAUUUUAUCAAUGGCAAAAUUUGAAGAAUAUGUUCCUGUGGACAUUGAUAUUGGAAAAGAAAUAAAGACUAGCAGCAUAUUUACUAAAACAAACCAAAGAAUGGUGCUGGAUGGCGUGACUCUAGCAAACCUGGAAAUAUUGGAGAAUGCCACUGGUUCACAGGAAGGCACAUUGCUGGAAAGGAUUGACACAUGCUGUACACCAUUUGGGAAGAGGCUCCUGAAACAGUGGCUUUGUGCACCGUUGUGUAAUCCUUCUGCUAUCAACGACCGCCUGGAGGCAGUUGAAAAUCUUUUGGCAGAAGCUGCCAGAGUGUCUGAAAUCCGGGACCAUCUUAAAAAGCUCCCAGACCUUGAGAGGCUUCUCAGCAAAAUCCACAGCAUUGGUUUUUCACUUAAGAACCCCAGUCACCCAGAUAACAGGGCCGUUAUGUAUGAGGAAGGCAGAUAUAGCAAGAAGAAAAUACUUGACUUCUUGAGUGCCUUAGAAGGAUUUAAAGUUGUAGUUGAAAUAAUCUCGAUUUUGGAAGAUGUUAUUGAUAGUUUUACGUCCAAAACAUUGAGACAGACAGUGAUGCUCAAAUCUAAAAACCCAGAAGGCCGUUUCCCAGAUCUAACUGAGGAACUCAAGAGGUGGGAUGCUGCCUUUGAUCAUACUACUGCACGUAAGACAGGUGUGAUUAAUCCAAAACCUGGCUUUGACUCAGACUAUGAUAAAGCAGUAGAGGAUAUAACGGACAUUGAGGAGUACCUUCGCCAGUAUUUGGAAGAGCAGCGCAAACGGCUUGGGAUCAGAGCCAUGAUGUAUUGGGGAGCAGGCAAAAACCGCUAUCAAAUUGAGAUUGCUGAAACUGCAGUUCCCCGGGAUUUACCUAAUGACUAUGUGUUGAAGUCAAGCAGAAAAGGGUACAAGCGUUAUUGGACCAAAGAUACAGAGAAGAUGCUGAACAAGAUAGUCAACGCUGAAGAGCGGAGGGAUGCAGCACAGAAAGCUUGUAUGAAAAGGUUAUUCUAUGACUUUGAUAAAAACAGCAGAGAUUGGCAAGCAGCAGUAGAAUGCAUUGCAGUUUUAGAUGUCUUGCAGUGCCUUGCCCAUCAUAGUCAGGGAUGUGAUGGACCAGUGUGCCGACCUAUAAUCUUGCUGCCAGAUGAAAAAACACCACCAUUUUUGGAACUCGAAAAUUCCCGCCAUCCAUGCAUCACAAAAACGUUUUUUGGGGAUGACUUCAUCCCAAAUGAUAUCUUCAUAGGGGUAGAGGAUGGCAAGGGGAACUCUGAGACGAAGGCACCGUGCAUUCUAGUGACUGGGCCAAACAUGGGAGGAAAGUCUACACUCAUGAGACAGGCUGGACUGUUGGUAAUAAUGGCCCAGUUGGGAUGUUUUGUUCCAGCUGAAUCUUGCAAGCUCACUCCUGUUGAUAGAGUCUUCACCAGAUUAGGGGCUUCAGACAGAAUUAUGUCAGGGGAAAGCACAUUCUUUGUGGAGCUGAGUGAGACCUCCAGUGUGCUACGACAUGCGACAGAACAUUCCUUUGUUCUCAUGGAUGAAUUAGGUCGAGGUACAGCUACAUUUGAUGGAACCGCCAUUGCAAAUGCGGUUGUCAAAGAACUUUCAGAGAACAUAAGAUGCCGCGCCAUGUUUUCAACACAUUACCAUUCUUUAGUAGAGGACUAUGCCAGCUGUCCCUUUGUGCAGCUGGGACACAUGGCAUGUAUGGUGGAAAAUGAGAGUGAGGAUCCUAGUCAAGAAACCAUCACCUUCCUCUACAAAUUUAUUAAAGGGGCUUGCCCCAAAAGCUAUGGCUUUAAUGCUGCAAAGCUUGCUGACAUUCCAGACGAAAUUAUUCAGAAGGGUCAUAAAAAAGCAAAAGAAUUUGAAAGAAUUACUCAUUCAUUAAAAGCGUUUCGGAACCUUUGUCGGAUAGCUGAUGGCGCACCGUUAAUGAAAGAGGAUCUUAAGAAGAGUCUGCUUCACGUUUGAGAAACCUUGUAUAGUUUCUACCUCUGUUUUGGUAGCCAGUAUGCAGACAACACAGUGAUCUAAUAAACUUUAUUUUUUAAAAAUGA